UUCCACUGGAAAUCAAGAGCGGACAGGGUCAGGGACGUGAAGUAAACCAAAUGGAAUCUCUAUACCUUUCUUGCAUUUUGUUUAUUGCCUUUGUGGCAACAGCUGCCUCAAAGAGUGUGGGUAAGAAACUUUACGGGAACUACUACGAUGAUAAUGCCAUAGAACGUGGUGAUGCAUAUGUAGACAAACUUCUAAAAGACAUGAUGGAAGAUCGUGGUCAUGAAUACGAUCCAUAUGUAAUGGAAGACAGUGUUGUUGGCUUCAGCAGAAAGGUAGCUUUCGUUAAUAUCAGUGGCGAAGCGAAGUUACAUAAUGGGUAUAUUACAGGCUUAAAAACACUUCACCGUCCUGAUCAUUGCUCUUUAAAGGAAAAAAAUGGCCGACUGCAUGUAAAAGCUGAUUUAGGAGCUGGAAUUUUGAAAUUCCAGUAUGAAGGCACAGUUAAAUUUAUGAAUUUCGGGCCAACGGUUACUGUACAUGGAGAAUUAUCUUACAUUGAAAUUCAUAUGGAAUUUAGUGUUGAUGCUAAAACUGGGAAAAAUGGAACUCUGCACAGAUUUGCUAUAGAUGAUAUAAAGGGUUUGAAAGUUUGGAUUACAGGUCUUGGGCCACUCAACUGGGCUGUGAAUCCUAUUAUUAAGGGUGUAAAUAAAGUUUUUAAACGAUUUGUGAAAUAUUUGCUUGAAAAUAAAGUUAUGCAUCAUAUCGCAGACAGGUUGCCGAAUUUCAAGUUUCCUGUCGAAGGUGGAGACAUUGAUGAAACUACUACAGAGAGUAUUACUGUCACCUCCGAAACAGAAGCAACAAAGCAAACAGAAGAGCCUACCACAACAGAAGGCCCGGUAGAGACCGAAGAGCCUACCACAACAGAAGGUCCGGUAGAGACCGAAGAGCCUAUUACAACAGAAGGUCCGGUAGAGACCGAAGAGCCUAUUACAACAGAAGGUCCUGUGGAGACCGAGGAGCCCCCUGAAACGGAAGGCCCUGUGGAGACCGAGGAGCCCCCUGAAACGGAAGGCCCGGUGGAGACCGAGGAGCCCCCUGAAACGGAAGGCCCGGUGGAGACCGAGGAGCCCCCUGAAACGGAAGGCCCGGUGGAGACCGAGGAGCCCCCUGAAACGGAAGGCCCGGUGGAGACCGAGGAGCCCCCUCAAACGGAAGGCCCGGUGGAGACCGAGGAGCCCCCUCAAACGGAAGGCCCGGUGGAGACCGAGGAGCCCCCUCAAACGGAAGGCCCGGUGGAGACCGAGGAGCCCCCUCAAACGGAAGGCCCGGUGGAGACCGAGGAGCCCCCUCAAACGGAAGGCCCGGUGGAGACCGAAGAGCCCCCUCAAACGGAAGGCCCGGUAGAAACCGAGGAGCCUGAAGAGCCUGUUGAAGUAAAUGAAUCGGGAGAGUCAGAAGAGGCUGAAUUCGAAAUGGUGACGGCUGUUUAAUUUCGAAGACUAGAGUCGGCAAAAGAAAUACCUGAAGUUAAAUUUACCUUAAGAAGUUCUGUAGAAAUAAUGCGAAAGCUCCGAUUUACGAACUUGCGGACUUCUAUAUGAAAUUUUGAACCAGAAGCAAAUGGAAAAGUUCAAACUCUUAAUUUUUAAAAUUUACUACUUUUAUUCUUUUUCAGAUUUCAAAUGUUUAAUGCAAUUGAGUGCUUUAUACGAAGUUGUAAUUCUACAAAAUGUGUAAAUAUGAUUAAAAUUUAAUUACUUAUUUUAAAAUUACAUAACAUUAAAUUAAUAUAUGCACCAUUCAAAUAAUGCAUCUUUUAUGUUAAAAAAAGAAUCUAUGCACUUAAAUUUCGCCAAUUUUAAUGUAAAUGUUCUAACAUAGGAAUUGUAAAUUUUUAUUAUAACUGUAUAAUUUCACUGAGAUGAAUUUUUUCUUAUUAAACGUUUUUUGCAUAUGUC